AUGGUCACCCCUGAGGAAGCCUUGAGAGCUUCUGGACUCUUCAGUUGGUUCCUGGUGGCAAUGAGCAGAGUGCAGGGAGGUGAGCUCUGCGACAUGGCCAGUGGCAAGACCCCCCGGCCCAUGAGGUCCUCCAGAAGGGCGGAUGGAUUCCAGAGCAGAGUGGUAGCAUCUCGUAAUCCCAAGCUGGUCAGAGAGGCACAAGAGUCUCUCAGCAGCAAGCAAAGGCUGGCGAGGCCUCGGGAGAUGAGGCGGCCCCGGACUGCCCAGCUUCGGGACAUGGGUGAAGUCUGCCAUCAAAAGUUCUCAGCCGUUGAUCGGGACCAGAGGUCGUUCCAGCCUUUCCCAUCCGAGGUGGUGUUUGAGAACUACAUUCCCCACCAGUUCUACAUAGCGUCGCUAGCUCUGAGGAACAAAGACAGGGUUCCUCGUCUGCUGAACGUCAUCCUGGGGAACUCUCCUUACUUUGAGUUGAUCAGCCCGAGUGAUGAGGACUAUAAGGUAGCCCCGGGCACGUCUUCAACCUACCGCAUCCUUUUCCGACCUGAUGAGAACAAGGAUUAUUUUGAGGAGCUUAUCAUCAUCACAGAGAGGGAGAAGUUCUUUGUGCCUAUCCGAGCCAUAGGUGCCCGAGCCAGCCUGGACUUCCCUGAGCAGCUGAACUUCUCCGAGUGUCCAGUCAGGUUCAGCACCCAGAAGACUCUGCUGGUGCGCAACGUGGGGAAGCGGGAGGCUUGCUACAGCAUCACCACUCUGAGCCCUUUCUCUGUGGAUCCCUCCAUUGGGACUCUUGGCGUUGGAGAAGCGAUGCAAGUCACGGUGGAAUUUCACCCACCAAAGACCGGUGUUUAUACAAGUCCCAUGAUUGUUCACUAUGACACAGGUGAAGAUGUUCACAAAAGCCUCUGUGGAACAGCUGUAAAUGCUGACAUCAGGCUUGACAAGAGCUCCUUGACAGUUGAGAAGACUUCCCUCACGCUGUCAAAGCAAAGUUCCCUGGUCAUCCACAACCAGAGUGGCAUCACGGCCCACUUCCAGUGGAAGCGUUUUGUUGAUGAGGAAGAGGAGGAGCGGCAGAAGCUGAGGCUGCAGAGGCAGGAAGAGGACAAGCUGGUUGAUGUUCCUAAGGAGCACGGGGUGGUCCCCCCUCUCAGAGAACACCCUUCCCUUCCCAUCUGCACCUCCCAGAACCAGGGGACAGAGGUGCAGGGAGACUCCACACCUUUCUGCAGUGAUAUUUUCACCAUUGUGCCCAUGGAGGGAGAUAUCUUGCCAAAUUCUUCACUUGAAAUCAAUGUGAUCUUUAAGCCCAAAGAAGCCAGAGUCUACCAAGAGGCAGCCUACUGUGACAUCUCAGGCUGUGAGACCAGGCUGCCCCUGUGCAUCAGCGGGGAAGGCGUCGGGCCCCAGGUGGAACUCAGCUGCGACCAGGUGCUCCUGCUCAACAGAGGAGUUCCUGAGGCUCCCUUCAGCGUGGUGUAUCCGGAGAGAGCUCUGGACUCCUGCUACGAGGUGGCUCUGCGUGGGGAGGCCUCAGGCAUCAGCUACCUCCUGGACACCACCGAGAUCGACUGCGGGCUGCAGGUGUUUAACAAAGUCACGGAAGCAGCAGUGGCCCUGCAGAACAGGGGGAAGCUGGGAUUUGCCUUUGUGGUGCUGAGCCCCGGCACAGGCACUGCAGCCAGCCCUCUGCCUGGCGUGCCCCUGGUCGUGCCCAGCAUGGGUUACGUUGAACCUGGCAAGCAGCAAGUGCUGAAAGUCUAUUACCUGCCAGGAGUGCCUGGAGUCUUCUGCAGGGCUUUCCAGAUCCAAGUGGGUCACCUGGAGCCAGAAAAAGUCUGCCUGAAAGGAGAAGGGACCUUUCCCAGGAUCCACUUGGACCUGCCCAGGAACAUCAAAGGCAACGCCAAAUAUGAGAAGAUCCUCCAAAAGGCCCAAGAAAAGCUGGACAAAGGCAGCCAGAGAGAUGAGGCCAUUGCUCUGGGGGAGGCUGUGGCAGCCGAGCCCCGCAUGGAUGACUCGGGCACCAUGAUCAGCUUUGAUAACUGGGCAGGGAGAGACACUGGAGUUCAUUUCUUUGGAGCUAUGAUCCUGCCUGAGAGAGCAGGAAGUGUCCCAGACACUGAGCAGUGA